GGGUGUGUUUUUACGGACCGUGAUUUUGUGUGCACUGUUUCGUAUUGGUAGAGGUGUAACUGAUGGAAGAGAAACAUCGAAGCAGGUUGCAUUAAAACAUGGAAAGAAAUUGAUUCAAGUAUGCGAUGAAGAUUCAAGGGCAGGACCAACACACGAUGGAGCAGGUGCCUGAGGAUGCUGUGGGCAGGCAGGUGUUGUGUGAUGGAGAACGGGCCACGGUGCGAUACGUCGGGACAGUUCCGCCUACCACAGGAUUGUGGCUUGGUGUGGAGUGGGACAAUCCAGAGAGAGGUAAACACGACGGAAGUCAUGAAGAAGUUCGAUACUUCACGUGCAGUCACCCAACAGGUGGCUCGUUCGUGCGACCUAAAAAAGCCAGCUUUGGUGUGGACUACCUGUCUGCAGUAAAGCAGCGCUAUGAGAUGGAGCUGCAGGACGCCAUUGGAGACGAGGUAACGAUUUCCACCAAGACUGUGAAGAUGGUCGGCUUUGAGUCCAUUGUAGAAAAACAGAGAUUGGAGAAUCUAACAGAGAUCGCUCUCAUGAACUGUGGAGUGUCAGGUCCAGGACCUGAAAAUGAAAUCAGGAAAAACACACCCAAUGUAGUUUCUUUGGAUCUGUCUGGAAAUCUUCUGAGCUCGUGGGAGGUUGUAGCAGCAAUUACAGAGCAGCUAGAGGAACUGCAGGUACUCUAUCUCAGCCAUAAUCGACUAAGGAUUUCCUCGAACCCGUCCAACAUGAGCCACGCCUUCUCCCAUCUAAGAGUCCUGAUGCUUAACGGCUGUGCUAUCACCUGGUCUCAGGUGCUCCAGUGUGCCCCCAUGUGGCCACAAAUAGAAGAGCUUGUUCUCAAGGAUAAUGAUAUAACUGAACUAAAAAGGCCUGUAGAUGUGCUGCAAGGUUUGAAGGUUCUUGACUUGUCCAACAACAAUUUAACACAGGGAAGUGUACUACAGUUAUCACAUCUACCCAGGUUGGAGAAGCUGAACCUCUGCAGCACAGGACUGUCUGACAUUCAGUUCAAUGACACAUUACCAGGCACCAAGACUUCAGCGUUCCCUGCACUGAAGAUUCUUUUGCUUGAUGAUAAUAAAAUUACUGAGUGGGCUGUUGUUAAUGAGCUGGAUAAGCUGAGGGCUUUGGUGCAGUUAUCCUGCUGUCGAAACCCAUUGAUGGAUUCGGAGAAGAACCGAGAGACAACUUGGCAGCUCCUCAUCGCCCGCAUCAGCCAGCUGGAGAUACUCAACAGGAGUCAGGUGCUGCAGGUGGAUAGAAGAGGCGCUGAGCUAGAUUACUGUAAGAAGUUUGGUCGUGCUUGGCUGCAGGCUGGAGGCCACAGAGAUCCGACACUGAACCGACCCAGUGCAGAGUUUAUAGCACAGCACCCUCGCUACUUGACGCUUAUCCAGAAAUAUGGUGCACCUGAUGAAGCUGAGCUGAAGGAGCAGAAACCGUUUGCUCUGAAAGACCAGCUUCUGACGAUUACGUUCGAGUGUCCUGAGGACACAGAGAGGAAAUCCAUACAGAAGAAGCUUCCAGACUCGAUGAUCGUUCAGAAAGUGAAGGGGCUGCUGUGUAGAUUAUUGAAACUACCAGGUGCUGAGCUACAGCUCACCUACACCAGCUCAAAGGUGGCAGGUAAAGAGAUCGCAAUUGAAAAUGACCUGAAGCCACUGCAGUUCUACUCGAUAGAAGAUGGGGACAGAAUUCUGGUGCGCUGGUCCUGAGGACGCAGUUUGACUCUGGCCCAGUGGACUCUGGGUGAUUGUUAGUCACCUGCCAUAAUGCGCUAAUACAGAACGCUGCACAACGUGAGCUCCUCCCACUCUUUUCUCCAUCUUUUCCCAAUGUCUGGAUGACACUGCUGAUGCUGGAAGGUCUUGAGAGAGAAUGGCGUGAACACAGCUCCUGUGGUCUUACCUUUCAUGUGUCUGUCUGCCGAAGGACAGAGUAAAGUUAUAAUAUUAGAUGUUGUUAUGCCUUGAUUUCAGAAUCUGUCUAGAUCAUGUAGAGAGGAAUCUGUGUUUUCCCUGCUCUAACAGUAGGCACAUUUCCAACAAUUCCUGCUUUGUUUCCAUCAUUUCCUAUCAAACUGCAGCUUUCCAGGGCAGGUGGCUUAGAAGCAGUUAAGUUUGUGUAAGAUGUAUUAGUUUGUGUGAGAUGUGGUAUGUUGUUGAAUAUACAGCUGUAGUCAUUGGCUAGAAACCAAAUCCAAAACUAAUUAACAUAAACUAAUUAUCAGGAUGGAGAAUAAUUCACCAGGUUUGUCAGCUGCUUCUUCUUCACCUCUUUGGUUGCUGUUGGUUUAUCACUGUUCUGCUCUCUUCCUUCAGCUUUCCCACUGGCCCUUGGCCCUACCCCCAAAAUUUAAUAACCAUCAUCAGAAAAUGUUUUGAAAUGGGACAAAAACACACCUGGGUGGCUGUUAGUAUACUUUGUGGUCAGUGUAUAUAACAUCUGGUAAACUGAACUGGUAGUAAUUGCUCUUAUAUGUGAAGCUUACAUUUGACAAAUCAGUGACAAGUAACAAGCUGCAUAAAAUACAAUAAUCCCCAGAAUACAUGAUGAUGUGAUUGUUCAUCCCCCCUCUCCCAGGGAUUACUGUUCAUCCCCUCUCUCCCAGGGAUUACUGUACACUCACACUUUAACUCUACAACAAUUUUACCCAAUGUUGAACCUCUCUAAAUAGCACUCUCUCUGUGAAGUAGCAAAAUUAAAGAUUUCUUAAACCUUGUAAAGCCUCAACAGUUUCUGGAACUGUGGCCAAGAACGGUUCUUAUGGUGUCUUUCCUGUAGUGAAAAGCUGAAGUGAUGAAGUAUGUUAAAACAGGCAGAACACUGAUUGUGCUGUACUACUGCACUCUGUAAUCAGAUCUCAACACUAGAUGGCACCGGUGACAAGAGACUGUACUAGUUAAUAAGAAUGUAUAGCAUUAGCAAAAGCUAAUGUGAAGUGAAAUCAGUAACAGAGUUAGUGAUACAUAAAUGACAUUAUCUGAUUGAAAAUGUGGCUCAUAGCCAGCGGUGCUUGUCCUGGAAUUAGAUGGAAGGCUAAAAUCUAAUAUCUUUCAACGAUUAGGGUUAAGCAAUGCAUAAUAUCAUGAGUUCACUUUAAUGACCUAAUAAGAAUGAUGUAGGAACAAUCGACAAUGAGAUUAAAUCUACGGGCAAUUUUUCACUGUGUAAUCAUCUGAUGCAACUAUUACUGAUUAUAGACUGCAUGAUUCUACAGUCUGGGCUAGAAAGGAAUUAGCUCCAGCCUAGCUUCUUCAUCCAUCUAUCCAUUUAUUUUCCAUACCGCUUAUCCUACACAGGGUCGAGGGGGAGCCUGGAGCCUAUCCCAGAGAACUCUGGGGCACAAGGCAGGGGACACACUGAAAGAGGUUCCCCAACCCAAUCGCAGACACAGACACACUAAGGACAAUUUGGAAAUAACAAUUGGCUUACAAUACAUGUCUUUGGACUCGGGAGGAAAUCAGAGUGCCUGGAGGAAACCCCCGAAGCACGGGGAGAAUGUGAAAGCUCCGCACACACAGGGCGGAGGCGGGAUUUUCAGGAACCCCAGAGGUUCUCAAUCCCCUUGCUUCUUCUUUAUAUGAUUGUGUACAUUUCUUACAACCAAUGGUGGUGCUGUUCCUCUUGGUUCCACAAAAAUCUAAAACAAUUUUCUUUAAGAUGUUAAGAGGAAUUAAUCUGAUUUUAUUAAACCUUAUACUGAUGUCUUUUUAUCGGUGAAACACAGGCCUCGCCCUGCUAGCUCAUUUAUACCUGCUGCCCUUGCUCUUAAACGUUUAAUACUAAUUCAAUUAGCAUCCGAGUUACUAUCUUACAGAAGAGUCACUGCUUUUCUUGCUGGUCUUCCAUUUCAAAUUUUUUGUAUGCAUAAGCCAAGAUGCAUUCUUCUGAAGAGGAAGCUCACUCCCAUGGGAUGUAGUGUACAUUCAUAUGUGGCAGGCUGAGCAGAAACAUAUGGCCUGGGCUGAGUUAUAGUGCUUGGAUGGAUAAGCAGCAGAAGACAUGCAGCUGCGCAGGAAUGAGAGGCAGCCUGUUCAUGCUCCAGCAGCUGCCAGUCAUCAAACACACUCCUUCCUCCUGUUCCACAUAGUUCUCACGAUAUUACACAUGUUGUCAUCAGAACCACUGGCACGGACCUUAAAUCAUGUAAUUAAAAAAAACAAACACAAUGUACUCCAGUCUUAAAAAAGGGGCGAUGUUUUAUUAGACAGCUGUAUGAAUUGGAAGUGAUCCGAUGAUUCCCACCUCCUCUCCCCAGCUGCAUAAUCAACACGUACAUGGUAACUUUAUCUAAUGCAUAAUUUGGCGAGUGUGAUGCCCCAUAUGGCGGAUGAGGUCAGUAAGGCCAGCGCACUCCCCAGCAGUGCUCGAUCCAGAUGGACAGCACCUUGGCAUUUACCCCGAUUAGCUUAAAGCUUGUAAAUGUGAACAUUUUUAAACAGUUCAACAAUAAUGAAAUGAACACGCUUUCCCAUUUACCUCAAGUGUAGCCAAUAAACAAAGACAUGUCUGAUAUCGAAAGUUUAAUGAGGCUAAUGAUGUUAUCAAGUAAGAAAAGCUUAAUGCUAUCAGUAUACCAAUGUGCAUGUCGCAAUCAUGACGCACUUAUUACUUUCUCCACACAGAUCGGCCUUUUUUUUCUUUUUAAAUAUAGAGACUCUACCUUGCUCCAAAAAGUUGACUGUGUUCAAAUGUUUGUUUUCCCAUCUGGAACCAGUGGCGCAAACAGCCAAUCAGAUCGCAGCAUUCAAGAUCCUGAAGCUUGUGGCCAGACAAGUGUAGAUGGAGCUGUGGGUGGAACCUCAGAUGCUCUGCCAUAUCUUAUACCCUUUGUACAUUUUUCUGGUCACAAGCUUCAGGAUCGUGCAGGUUGCAUUCUGAUUAGCUCUGCCUUUCAGCUUUUGAACACCAUGACAAUAAGCUUUUUGGAGUAAGAUAUAGUCAGUGGACUGGCAAAUGUUGUCUCAAUUCCAUCAAGUAAUUAAAGAGUUUUGUUUGAAGCAGGUCAAAAUAUAAGGUCUGUGGUCGGUCGUCCACCACGUCAAUCAGAUUGGCUCUUUUUGUGAAGUAGGCAGAUCUUGGCUGUGGUCCCCUCUCCUCUCGCAAAUGUUAGAAAUCUAGCUUGUGAGAUUAGUAUAAUGCUAAACUGGAGGCUGUGCGCGUACGUGUUAGCAACAUUUUCUUUGUAGUAAUAACGUAGAAGAAAUGUCUUUGCUGAUGGACUACAUUUGGGGAGAGAAGUUAAGUGUACAUUUCAUUUUGGUUGUUUCUUUUAACCUGAAAUGUAUUUUUAUAAUAGUGACUCUUAUAUCAGCCAAUUACUUUACAAUAUAAAAGUGGUAAUCUAACAACAUUGGAAAAUAAUUGUAACUAUUAUAUUGAUGAAUGUAAAUAAUUAAUAUAAUGAUAAUAUCCAGCCCAUAACUAUCCCACCCCUUCCACCCCACACCCCAUAUACAGUCGUAUUAACACAGGAAAACCAAACAAAAACAAAAAACAUGGUAUUUACUUGCUUGCUAAAAUGCAGAUGUAUGGCUAUAUUUUGUCUCCAGAUGGCUUAAGACUUUCACAGAUGAUGUCAAUACAGUUACUGUCGAUGGUAUAAACAUCAAUCACUUAAUUACCACAUAACCAGUUAAUAGAAUGCUGACAUAAAUUUGAAACUAUAACGAUUUUAAUAAUUCAACAAUCAACUAGAACAAGAACCGUUUUGACUUUGACCUUCUUGCCCCGGCUCACGGACCCCUGGAUGUCCCUUUUGGUCACAGUUUGAAAAGCACAAUGUUCCUUCCUUCUGCAGUCAAUCCCAGCUCUCUGUGGUCUCUUGUUCAUCUCAUUUUAUCACGAGACCUCCUCCUCGCACAGUUUAUACAGGACUCGUAACCGCGUCUAACUUCAUUUAUUCCUCUUUCACACAUUACUACAUCACAUCUGCAGUGUCCCAGGACUUAGUGAUGGGG